GAAACAGGAAGCUGCACUCAGGGGCCCAGCUGCCUGCCAGGAGGUUUCUACCAAGUCAGGUUCGCUAAGGGCUGCGGCAGGGACACUGCAGUGAGCCUGGUGCUGUAGCUAGCGUCCAGGCAGUGUGGAAAGAGCAUGACCGCCCUGCAGCUCAAAGAGCUCUCCCACUCAGGGCUGUACCGCAGGAGGCGCGACCGGCCGGACAGUGUGAGGCUGCCUUGGGCAGGGCUCAGUAACAUGGCCAAUGCCCUGGCCAGCGCUACCUGUGAGCGCUGCAGGGGGGGCUUCGCACCUGCUGAGAAGAUUGUGAACAGCAACGGCGAGCUGUACCAUGAGCCCUGCUUCGUGUGUGCCCAGUGCUUCCAGCCCUUCCCCGAUGGGCUUUUCUAUGAGUUUGAAGGCAGGAAGUAUUGUGAACAUGACUUCCAGAUGCUUUUUGCUCCUUGUUGCCACCAGUGUGGUGAAUUCAUCAUUGGCCGUGUCAUCAAAGCCAUGAACAACAGCUGGCAUCCCGAGUGCUUCUGCUGUGAUCUCUGCCAGGAGGUGCUAGCGGACAUCGGCUUUGUUAAGAAUGCUGGCAGACACUUGUGUCGCCCCUGUCAUAAUCGAGAGAAAGCCCGAGGUCUGGGGAAGUACAUCUGCCAGAAGUGCCAUGCCAUCAUCGAUGAACAACCCCUGGUCUUCAAGAAUGACCCCUAUCAUCCGGACCACUUCAAUUGUGCCAACUGCGGGAAGGAGCUGACCGCUGAUGCCAGGGAGCUGAAGGGGGAGCUCUACUGCCUACCAUGCCAUGACAAGAUGGGAGUGCCCAUAUGUGGGGCCUGCCGGCGGCCUAUUGAGGGGCGUGUGGUGAACGCUAUGGGCAAGCAGUGGCAUGUGGAGCAUUUUGUUUGUGCCAAGUGUGAGAAGCCUUUUCUUGGACAUCGCCAUUAUGAGAGGAAGGGCCUGGCAUACUGUGAGACUCAUUAUAACCAGCUCUUUGGAGAUGUUUGUUUCCACUGCAACCGUGUCAUAGAAGGUGAUGUGGUCUCCGCCCUUAAUAAGGCCUGGUGUGUAAACUGUUUUGCCUGCUCCACCUGCCACACCAAGCUGACACUCAAGAAUAAAUUUGUGGAAUUUGACAUGAAGCCUGUCUGUAAGAAGUGCUAUGAGAAAUUUCCAUUGGAGCUGAAGAAAAGACUUAAGAAAUUAGCUGAGACUUUAGGAAGGAAAUAACUUCUUUAUUUUAUUGUUCUCUUCUAUGCAAAGAUUACCAACAUUACUUCCCUUGAGCCACCCUUAUUUAAAGCUGCAUCUCAAAGCAGUUGAGAGUGAGGAAUAGUUUUUUUUAAUCUCCUUUUUCUCAUUAAGAAAAUAAAAAAGCUCCAAAAUUUUUCAAAAU